AUGCCGAAGUCCCAAGCCCCGAUCCCCGUUGUAGACUUUGGCGCCUUCUCCACCAGCGAUCCCGCGGCCCGCUCCCGCAUCGCGGCGGAGCUGACGUCGGCGUGCCGGCAUGUGGGCUUUGUAUACGUCCGGAACCACGGGAUACCGGCCGCACUGCUCGAGGAGGCAUUUUCCUGGUCGCAACGACUCUUUGAUCUGCCUCGGGAGCAGAAAAUGCUCGCGCCACACCCGCCAGGCCCAGACGUCCAUCGCGGCUACUCGUGGCCUGGCUUGGAAAAGGUUUCACAGUAUAUCCAUGCUGCUGGCGACGGAAAUGACGCCGAGGCCCAGAGAGUGGGGAAGGAAUUGAGAAAAGUCGAGGACUGCAAAGAAAGCUACGAAAUCGGUAGCGAAACCUUUGCGCGCCAGCCCAAUGUUUGGCUACCUGAGAACGUCUUGCCUGGCUUCCGUACCUUCAUGACGUCCUUUUAUUGGCGCUGCUUCGAGACGGGCCAACAGCUUCUGCGGGCGCUGGCCAUUGGGCUUGGUAUUGACGACGAGGACUUCUUCCUCAAGUUCCACAGUGGCGAAAAUGCGCAAUUGCGUUUGCUUCAUUACCCGCCCAUUGAGACGGAGAGGCUGGAGAGCAAUGCUGUAGCGCGCAUGCCCGCACAUUCAGAUUGGGGUACCAUCACCAUGCUCUUCCAAGACGAGUGUGGCGGUCUCCAAGUUGAAGACCCCAAUCAUCCAGGUCACUUUGUCGACGUCAUCCCACUCGAGGGCACGCUCGUCAUGAACGUGGGUGAUCUCCUUAUGAGAUGGAGCAACGAUUACCUCAGAUCGACACUCCACCGCGUAACAGUCCCGCGCAAGACGGCUUCAGGUAUCGAGGACGGCAAAUCGCAUGCCAUGAUGAGGGCCCGAUACUCGAUACCAUACUUUGUGUCCCCCGACUCGGCGGCCGUCAUCGAGUGUCUUCCGCAGUGCGCCGGUGAGCCUCAUCCUCCUAGAUACGAGCCGAUUGUGCAAGACGACUAUCAACGGAUGCGUGCAAAAACACAAUACGCAUCAUAG